CACCAUCAACACCAUCAACACCAACAGCAGCACUCACAAUUACAUACUCAACAACAGCAACAAUCACAGCAUGGUCGACCUCCUUCUCCGUCUAACGGGUCUGCAGAUCAGCGUUCUUCCUAUCAGCAAAAGGCUCGAUCGAACUCAAAACAAGAAGACAAUGGCAAUGGUGUGCUACACCAAUUUAUGGGACCAUCGACAGGAUUCGUUGUCCCUGAAAACUAUCUGAAACCCCGGCAACAGGGUUUUAAAGGGAUGGCCGGUGUUGGUAGGAGGAGUAGUCUCAGUGAUUCGGACGAAGACGACGACGACGACGCUUUGAGCGAUAGCAGCUCAGACGAUGAACCUUCCAACAGCAGUGUGACCAUGAAAGCCAGAGCUGCAGCUGCUACCAAACAUCGAGCCUCGAAUGACAUGAUUCCAAACCAUACCCGUGUUGCCAAGCAAAGAGGCGAUGAUGAUGUCCCUCUGGCAAUGUAUAGAAAAGGAAAAGUCUAAACAUAAACCCAAGCUAUAUUACAUAUCUUUCUUUAUCUAUUUUUCUAUUCUUCUUAAUAAAACCAGUUGCAACCUGCCCUCCCCUCCCUCACACACACAAUACACCCAAACCAUCGCACAGGAGGUCGCAGCUGAUGCACUCACCCCCUACUAUUACUUCAAAAGAUACACCUUGGCUUUCUGUUUUGUGGUUUUGACUUAAAUGGGUGAUUGCAAAGCUGACUAGUACGAGCAAGGAU